UAUUAGUUAUAUAUAUUUUUUGUUUUUGCUGGUGGUGGCAUCAGUGGAACAACAGACUGAGGUGAAAAGCCUGAAUAUGUCAGUGAUACAGAGUUGUUUCGCUAUUUGCAUCUAAUGAUAAAGUCAACUGCAAAAAACAAAAAGGGGUUGUCAGAACACGGCAGUACAACAAACAUAAUGUAUGUUAGUUCGACAGCCAGCUAGCUAAAAAGCUGAACAUUUCAUAGCUGGCUGAAGACGGGUAGCUUGCUAAAUAACGGAGGGGACCCCUCAACAUUAUCAUCGCUUUAGCUAGAUACAUCGCCGUGUCUUUCUUUUAGUACGAUGGGAAACGCUGCUACAGCCAAGAAAGGCAGCGAACAAGAGAGCGAGACUUUUGUGAAAGAGUUCUUAGCCAAAGCCGAAGAAGAUUUUUUACGAAAAUGGGAGUGUCCACCACAGAGCACAACUGGCCUGGAUGACUUUGACAGGCUGAAGACUCUGGGCACUGGCUCUUUCGGUAGAGUUAUGUUGGUGAAACAUAAAGGAACAGAACAGUUCUACGCCAUGAAGAUCCUGGACAAACAGAAAGUGGUGAAGCUGAAGCAGAUAGAACACACUCUAAACGAAAAGAGAAUACUGCAGGCGGUGUCUUUCCCCUUUCUCGUCAGACUGGAGUAUUCCUUCAAGGACAACACCAACCUCUACAUGGUGAUGGAGUACGUUCCAGGGGGAGAAAUGUUCUCGCAUCUGAGACGCAUCGGGAGGUUCAGUGAACAUCACGCACGAUUUUAUGCAGGUCAGAUAGUACUCACGUUUGAGUACCUCCACUCGCUAGACCUUAUCUACAGAGACCUGAAGCCUGAAAACCUUCUCAUUGAUCACCAAGGGUACAUCCAGGUCACAGACUUUGGCUUUGCCAAAAGAGUAAAAGGCAGGACCUGGACAUUGUGUGGAACUCCAGAGUACUUGGCACCGGAGAUCAUCCUCAGCAAGGGCUACAACAAAGCUGUGGACUGGUGGGCACUGGGAGUCCUGAUCUACGAGAUGGCUGCCGGGUACCCUCCGUUCUUCGCCGAUCAGCCAAUCCAGAUCUACGAGAAGAUUGUGUCUGGCAAGGUACGAUUCCCUUCCCACUUCAGCUCUGACUUGAAAGACCUGCUGAGGAACCUGCUCCAGGUGGACCUGACGAAGCGCUAUGGCAACCUGAAGAACGGGGUGAAUGACAUCAAGAACCACAAGUGGUUCGCCACAACGGAUUGGAUCGCCACCUACGAGAGGAAGGUGGAGGCUCCCUUUAUACCAAAGUGCAGAGGACCAGGAGACACGAGCAACUUUGACGACUACGAAGAGGAGGACGUCCGUGUGUCCGACACAGAAAAGUGUGCGAAAGAGUUUUCCGAAUUCUAGCAGGGGGUGGG